AUGGCUAUGUCUGUUACAUACCAUCCUCUCUUCCUUCUGUGCAUUUUCUUUUUCUUCCAUGCGUGCAGUGCAAGGUAUCUGACCACUCUACAUAACAAACUGGAGAAGAAACCCCAUAUCAAGGAUGUUGAGACAAGUGGAUUUAAACACCUUGGAGUGAUGAAUGAAGGUAAUAAAAAGAAGACGUGGUUGGUUCCUCGAAAUCUAAGGAAAGGAAGAAGGACUCCCCAGAAGGUGCUCAAAGCUAAGAGAAAAGAUUCAGGUGCUUUAGAAACUCAAUCUCUUGCUUCAGUUUAUUGGCGCGUGCCUCACAAAAAUGACCAAAAUCGUGUGUUUAACAUGGACUAUUCACCACCAAAGACACAUCCUCCGUCUCACAACUAA